AUGUCGGGCUUUGGAGGAUUCGGCUUCGGCCAAAACAAUAACCAGUCGCAAAACACUGGUGGAUUUGGGGGAUUUGGGUCAACCGCCAACACGAACACCAAUACAGGUCGAGUGGACGCUGGACCUCACCGCGAAUCUAUCACUUACUCGGAUCUUCUCCGCGACACAGGCUUUGGAUCCGCGACCAAUACCGGCUUCGGAGGCACGAACACGACUGGCGGUGGACUCUUUGGAGGCGGAUCUACUGGUGGCUUCGGAGGCUCUGGAGGCUCUGGUUCAUUCUGCACUAGAGCUGACAUUUCGAUUCGAACGUCUUUCCACUCCUCUAUCGCUUUUCCUGCAAAAUUGGCGGAGUCGCCGGUGAAUGAGACGCGACUCAUCAUUUACGGCAUGGAUACACGCUGUUUUUUCGGUGCUAUUGUUAAAAUGGAAGAUUCGCUAACGUUGGUGCCAUACACAGGAGGAUUUGGCGGUUCGGGUACGGCUGGUUUCGGUGCGAAGCCAUUUGGAAGCACGACUACCACCACUGGCGGCAGCAUAUUCGGUGGGGGUACCCCAACUACAACUGCGACAAAUACCGGGACUAGCGGCUUUGGCGGGUUCGGGUCGACUGGCGGUGGUAAUACAGCAUCUGGCUUUGGCUCGAAUGCUUCUACUGGCGGCGGAUUGUUUGGAGCAGCUAGCAAGCCGGCAUUUGGUGGCUCGGCAACUUCCACCCCAUUUGGUGGGGGCGCCACAAGCUCUCCUUUCGGCGGCACGACAACAGGUGCUUUUGGAGCCCCUGCAGCUACUGCGUUAGGGGGGGCCACGGGUGAAUGUCAAGGUACCGGAGUUGUCCCUUUUCAGGCCUUUGUGGAGAAGGAGCCAAACAGCACCUCAAACCAGCAAAACUCCUUCCAGAGCAUCUGUUUCCAGCAGCCCUAUCAGAAGUUCUCUCCCGAGGAGUUGAGAUUGGCAGACUAUACCGCAGGUCGUAAAUUUGGCAACGCUAGUAACCAACCUGGAGCCUUUGGUGCUAGCAGUGGCUUUGGAGGUUCGUUUGGUGCAGGCGGUACAACAGGUGGCUUUGGCAAUACUGCUGCCAAUACCAAUACCGGCGGCGGUUUAUUUGGCGGAGGAGCCGCAAGCACUCCAUUUGGUACCACCCAAGCGGCAACGCCUGGGUUUGGGGCCAAUACCGCAACAGCUGGUGGUGGUCUCUUUGGCGCAAAGCCUGCAGCAGCAGGUGGCCUCUUUGGAGCCCAGACUUCGGCACCGGCAUCUGGUGGGAUGUUCGGGACCACUGGCACAUCGGGCUUUGGUGGUGCAAAUACCACAGGGGGAGGGGGUUUCGGUGCAUCCAACACCAGCGGUGGGCUUUUCGGCAGCAAUACCGCCGCGAAGCCCUCGUUCAGCUUUGGAGCUUCACAGCCUGCCGCCGCGACUACUGGAUUUGGGACAGCAACAUCAGGAGGAUUUGGUUCCGGCGGAGGUUUAUUUGGCAACACAGGCCAACAACAAAAUACAGCUACUCCCUUCGGUGCUGCUCAGCAAACAAAUACAGCAGCACCAUUUGGAGGGUUUGGUUCCACUCAGCAGCAGCAACCAGCAGGAGGCACGUCCCUUUUCGGCAACACUGCGCAGAAGCCAGCUGGUGGGGCUUUUGGGAGUACGCCUGCUGCAUCUACAGGUGGUGGGCUAUUUGGUGGUGCACAGGCAACCUCAACCACUAACCCCUUCGGAGCCACCACCAACACCCAGAAUACAGGAGGUCUCUUUGGGGCGAAGCCCGCCGCAACAAGUACAGGACUGUUUGGAAAUACGGCCGCACAACCCAAUACGGGAGGAGGGCUCUUUGGUGGUUUCGGAAAUCAAAAUGCCAAUACGGCCCAACAACCCUCUGGCUCUCUUUUCGGUGGUCUAAAUAAUCAAGCCAAGCCAUCGGCGUUUCCCCAACAGUCGCAGCAGACUGGAGGCAGUCUCUUCGGAGGUGCUGGAUCCCAACAACAAGGAGGUGGCCUCUUCGGCGCCAGUAUCAAUAAUCAGCAAGCUCAGCAGCCUCAAAAUUCACUUUUUGGCAAUAACUCGCUUCUUGGAACCUCCCAACAGGGACAACAAACCCCUCAGUCUCUCACUGCGAGUAUCGGCGACAACGCAGCCUACGGUGGAGCUUCAUUGUUCGCCAACCUAGCUUCAACACAGAUGAACAAUCCAGGUCCAAUUGCAACACCGCUUUCCGGCAGUGUUAAGCAGAAGAAAAAUUCGGCUCUUCCGAUGUAUAAACUGAACUCGGCAUCCACUUCGCGCUUUACAACUCCGCAGAAACGAGGAUUCGGUUUCUCGUAUAGCAGCUAUGGAACUCCUGGAAGUGCGUCGAGUACGUCCAGCACCCCUGGUGCCUUUGGAGGAAGUACCCUUGGUAGCACGUUCAGCCGUACCCUCAAGACGAGCAUGUCCACCAGUAGUCUCCGCCGUAGCUUCGGCCCAGAAGAUAGUAUUCUUGCUCCAGGCGCUUUCUCUGCCAGCCCCGCUGCAAGACAGUUUGGCAGCACUGGCAGUGUGAAGAAGCUCAACAUCAACAGAAGCCUUCGGAAUGAUCUGUUCACACCACCAAACCCAGUACAUACCCCAUCGACACCUGGGCAGAAUGGCAUUCUCAAAAAACGUGUCUCUUUCGAGACCAACGGGAUUUCUGGCUCCAGCCCACUCAAAAAUGCCACAAAUGCUGCAAGCCCCAGCUCUCAAGAACUAGGUUUGCUUCGACCCGCUCCUGGCACCAAUGGGGUGAAACCAGCUGCUGCUGCAUCCCCCGAGAUGGAACAAGUCCAGAAUAAUGAGCUUGCUGUUGUUCAUGAGGAGGAAGCACCAGUUCCAGCACCGCUAAACACACAGAUGCAGCCUACCACUCAGGAUGACCAAGAACCAGGACGGUAUUGGAUGUCGCCAUCUAAGGCAGCUAUUGAGGGCAUGAACCGUAUGCAACGUUCAAAAGUCACUAACUUCACUGUUGGACGAGAAGGCAUUGGGCAAGUUAGGUUUGAUGUCCCAGUGGACCUCACGAACAUCAACCUCGACGAGAUUAUGGGGAACAUUGUGCAACUGGUUAUGCGCUCUGCAACAGUCUAUUCGGACCCUGCCAAAAAGCCGCCCAUGGGGAAGGGGCUCAAUGUGCCUGCAGUCAUCUCGUUAAUGAACUCUUGGCCCCGCAAGAGGGACGGAAAAACUCCCUCGGGAGAAAAGUCAGGUGCUCGAUUCAAAAAGCAUAUUGACCGCCUAAAGAAGGUCAAGGACACCAAAUUCGUCUCGUAUGACAAGGACCAUGGUAUUUGGACAUUCUCAGUUGAGCAUUUCACUACCUACGGCUUUCCAGAAGACGAUGAGACUGAUGGCGAGGGUAUGAGCGAGUUUGGACAGAGCACUCUGAGUGCUCCCCCCGAUACUCCUACGCCCAAGUCAGGCGGAUUGGAGCGAUCCUUUGCGUCUACUUCACAGGCCACACAUACCGAAUCUGAUCCUGAUGAUACUUUUGAGUUCAGAAAAAAGAAGAUCUUGCCUGGAGCCUUCGAUGACCAGGUACUGUACGUGGAUGACGAAGAAAUGGAUCACGAUAUGGUCGGUCAAGAUGGGGAGUCUUUUUUAGAUGAACGCUCCGUGGGUUCGCAGUCUGAAAACGGCGUCGAAGAGCCAAUGGAACAAGACGACGUGUUUUACGACGAUGAAUCUGUCAGCAUUGUGGAUCAAGAGAUGGCGGGAUCUUAUCCUCAAGUUGGCAAUACCACGGAGCUUGGUGAAGAAGACUCGCAGUAUGACGGUGGCAUGGAUGAAGAUACGGAAGCACAUGACGCACUUGCCAGGGCAAGAAUCAGAGCUGCUCACAAAGCCGAGACGCCGUUGAAGAGAAAAUUUGCGGCUGGUAAUGACUGGACGGACACCCUGAGAAAAACGAUCAGCCCACAGAAGCAAGACCGUGCAGCUCUUAAGAGUUUGAUAAAUAUUCUUGAAAUGGACCCGCAGCCGGAAUCAGAGCUCACACCAACAGCAAGAAGAGUUAUUUCAGAUCCGCGCGGUUUUGCCACUAGUAUUGAUUUGAUGAAUUCGUUGUUUGGUCAAACUAAGAGCCCCAUCAAGGCUCCUAAGGUUCCAGCAAAAGCAAAAGGUUUUGAGUGGCCAUAUGCGAAAAGACCGAAGACAGCCGACAGUGAAAUGACCAACAUGACUGAAGCAGACCGCGCCUUCCACGAGUCCAUGAAACCCAGCUGGGGCCCAGAUGGGGCCUUGGUCUAUGCUUCUCCAGCGGAUAGUAAGCCUUUGGGCAAAUCCUCUCGUCGGUCUCGGGAGAGAAAUGGCUUGCUUGCAAUCCAGAAGGGAGCAAUUGUCUCCGAAUGCAGGGACGUCCGAUUCGCUAAGUUCUCUAAUGAGGUCUCUGCUGGCUUUCUUAAAAAACAGAAGGCUAUGACAGUAAUCACUGAGUCUGAAGACGUGCCAUUUGCGAGAUUAAAGGACAAUUUCUCAUUCUCCGAUUUCUACGAUGAGGGCAAUGCUCGAGAUCCAGCUGCAUUGCACGACACACUUGUUUGGACACUCGCCGGCAUUCUAUGGGACAAAAUCCCCGUUCCUGAAGGAUUGGAACAUGUUCCAUCGAUAGUAGAUCGCCUACGUAAAGAGCGGUUGUCAGCGUUCUGGCAAAAGCUCGUUGAGACCGCAUCUGCCCAGCAAGUUGCACUUGCAAAGUCAAAUGAGGAGAAGGCCAUAGCUUGCCUAUCCGCCCGCAGAGUGGCCGAUGCAUGCGGGCAUCUCAUCAAUGGCAAGGACUUCCAUCUUGCCACCCUGAUUGCCCUCAUAGGUGGAAAGCGUAGUGUGAAGAGGGAUAUCCGAGAACAACUGAACGAGUGGCAGAAGUCUCGCCUGCUGUCAGAAUUAAAUCAACCUAUCAGGGCGCUCUACGAAAUGCUUUCCGGCAACGUCUCCGUCUGUGAAGGGUCCAAAGGGGCACCAGGCGAAGACCGCAUCGAAUCAUUCAUCAUUUCAAAACGCUUUGGUCUGGGCUGGCGCCAAGCUUUUGGUCUCCGACUUUGGUAUGGCAUCAUGUCUGAUGAACCCCUCGAGGAGGCUGUUGAGAAGUUUGCUGAAGACCUCUCCCAAGGAAAGGAAACUGCCCGGCCACAGGCAUGGUACGUUCAGGAGAAGAUACCAGCGUUAUGGGAAGACAAGGAGCGUGAAGAUCGUGAGGAUUUGCUUUGGGGACUCCUGAAGCUUUACACUUACCAGGAUAUGGCCCUAGAAAGAACUCUUGGUCCAGCGAACUCUCAGUUAUCCCCGCUUAACUUCCGCCUGGCAUGGCAGCUCAGUCAAGCCCUCAUAUCCGCCAAGGCUGUCAAUUAUAACGACAACUUUAAAGCUGAUCAAACCACCUUAUCCUUUGCGUCUCAGCUUACAAAUGAGGGUAGCUGGCUCGACACUGUCUUUGUCCUUCUUCACCUCUCGUCACCCAUGGCCAGAGCAAAGUCGAUCCAGGAUCACCUUGCUCAUUUCGCCGGGCAAAUCGGGUCAGAGGAUAGCGAAAGCUUCACAACAUUGACACAAACUUUCAAGAUACCCACCUCAUGGAUCUGGGAGGCAAAGGCAUUGUACAAGCGCAGCGUUGACAAAGACUCUCGAGGGGAGGUUGAAUGCUUAAUCAAGGCAGGCUCGUUUAAUGAAGCCCAUCGCACAUUUGCCAGGGAAGUCGCACCUAAGAAUGUCGUUGAACUGGACAAUGACGUCUUACGGACCCUCCUUCAUGGCUUCCGAGGCAAAGAGAACACGAUAUCUGAGUGGCAUCUCGGUGGGCAGAUAUAUCUGGACUACCUUGAAUUGCUAGAGAGUCAGAAGUAUGCAAGGGCGGUUGAUCACCAUGCAUUGGAGAGAUUGCUGGUGGGUCUUCCCGCUGUGGUUGAAGAGUCGCGGCACCCGAGCUUUAUGGAAAGAGUCGCGGUCGAGACGAUUAGUGGAACUGCUGCCAAGGCAGUGAUCGCCACGGCGAGGAAAGGAGAGAAAGCAGACUUGCCCAAGAUCUUGCGACUACCUCUCACAGAGGAUAAUUACCUGAAGUACACGGUCGACCUCAGCAUUGAAUAUUAUAGGAGCACAGUCGCUUCCCGAUAG